AUGAAGUUGUCACAGGACCUUGUGUUGGCGAUAGCAGUGCUUGGGACCGUGUCCCAUGUCAGUUGGGCACAGAUCCUUCGACGAAACCCUAUGUGUUGUGCGGACGGCAAUCAUAUCAAGGCAGAGCUAGGGCCACUGCUAUCUAAAGGAGCAUCGGUCUCACUGAGCUCUUCGCCAGAAUGGGAAGACCUCGUGGAGCGAGCCACCUCGCCCAGAGUCGAGCCAUCAUUCGUAGCCUCAAUCGAGGCGGCCACGGAGGAAGAUGUGCAAAUGACGAGUUCAACUCGGUACAUACAGGUCAAAUACGCCAAUGAGCACGGCAUCCCGUUUCUUGCGGUCACGGGCACCCACGGCUGGCCGACGACUCUGAACGAGUUGAACUGCGGCAUCCAGAUCAACAUGCGGCGCAUGAACAGCACGCAGCUCCACGGAGGUGCCGACACGGCGACCAUCGGAGGCGGAACAAGACAGUACGAAGCCGUACGCGCUUUGUACGAGCAGGGCCGGAAGGCGGCUGUGACUGGCCUCUGCGAGUGCGUAUCGGUCAUCGGGCCCCUCCUUGGCGGAGGCCAUAGCAUGCUCCAGGGACGGCACGGCUUUGCCGCGGACAACCUGGUCUCGGCCCGCGUGGUCCUGGCCGACGGCUCCGCCAUUACCGUCUCGGAGACCCAGCACGCCGACUUGUUCUGGGCGAUCCGCGGCGCGGGCCACAACUUUGGCGUCGUCACGUCUUUCGAAGUCGAGGUCCACGACGUCGCUCCGAAGUGGACGAUGGUGGCCCUGGCGUUCACGCACGACAGGCUCGAGGACUUCUUCCGGACGUGGAACCGGCUCGAGGCCGAGUAUGAGGAUCCCGCGCUCGUGCUCAACGGCAUAUUUGUUCGAGUCCCGGAUCUCGACCCUGGACAUCUCUUCUACGACGGCGAGAACUCAGUAGCAGACGCGUACGCCGCCGCCUUUCGCGCCCUCGGCCCGGCCGCCGACUCCGUCGUGACGGACAUCGAGUACAAGGACCUGUACGUCGCCGGGGGCUUCAGCAAGGACGGGCCCGUGUGCCGCAAGAACGAGAACAUCCUCGGCUACCCGGUCUCCCUCGACGGGUGGAACGCAACCGCCAUGCGGGCCGGGUUCGAGAUCUACGCGGAGCUCACGGCCGACCCGCGGUUCGCCACCUCGAUCUGGCUGCUCGAGUCGUACGGCAGGGGCAAGGCCCGGGAGAUACCGCCCGAUACCAACGCCGUGGCCCCCGAGGAGAGGGCGCUGCACGUCCUCAUCUCGCCCAUCAUGUGGUGGCAGGGGGCGGACCCGGCGGACGCGGAGAAGGCGUAUGCGUACGGCGAGCGGAUGCAGGAGGCCGUGCGGAGGGGCAGCUCGGGCCCUUCGCACAGCUACGUCAACUACGCCACGGGGGAGGAGUCGCUGCCCGAGGUUUAUGGCCGUGAUCGUGCGAGGAUCCGGCGGUUGCUGGAGCUGAAGGCCGUGUACGACCCGGAGAAUCGGUUUGGGUACUACGCACCGCUAUCCCGGCGGACCUGA